GAGAGGAAAGGUAGAGAGAGAGAGAGAGAGAAAGAAAAAAUAUCCCCCACCAAACUCACCGCAAAACAUGAAAGUCCCUCUAGUCCUUCUCGGCGGUAUUGUCGUCCUGUCUGUCGCCGUCGCCAGGGCAUUAUCCUGCGUUUGUUCACCCCUCGAAUGCGACUCCCUCACGGAAGAGGACUGCCCGGGAGGUCUCACCUGGGACCCCUGCAAGUGCUGCAGGAUAUGCGCUCGCGUCGAAGGAGAACCGUGCGGAGGACUGUUCGGGUUCUCGGGAAGCUGCUCGGAAGGGCUGCAAUGCGUUAUAACGAGCCUCCUCGACCACGCCAGAGAAGUGGACGAAGGGACUUGCACAAAAAUUCCGGGUCGCUGGCGUCGCCAUUGUCCCGAGGGUCCCAAGAUGUCCGGAGGGGGUUGCAACCUCGUCGGUGAAGGAUUGAUCCGCGGAUCGGGGACGACGUUCGGAGAUAAAACCGGUCGGGGACACUCGAAAGAAUAUAUUAAGGGGAUGGAAUUCGCCGGCACCGGAAAAUGCGUCUGCGGCGGUUCCGUACCCUGGUGUCCCGGAGAGCCGAAACCGUACACGUACAGGACACGCCACGAGUGCAAGCUGAACCUCGCUGCAAAAUUAGCCAACGAUAAUCUUUUCAACCAGGCUGACAGCGGGACUGCGUUAGCGAACGGCGCGGUUCAGGGGAUCUCCUGUCCGGACGACAGCACGAUAUCGGAGGACGGCGGCUGCAAGUGCGUGCAAUCCGCCUGCCUUCCCGGCACAUGUGAUCCCGGACUUCGUCCCGUCGAAGUGAAAAAGGCCUCCCCAGGCACACCCGGUGACUGCUGUCCUCUCUACAACUGCGUGCCGAUAGAGGGCAUAUCGUGGGUGGGCGUGGAGGAGAUAACGCAGGGAUUGAGGAGUUGCAUGGACAGCAGCGGGGUGCCCCGUGAGUCGGGUGAACACUGGCAGGAGGGUGCGUGCGUGAACUGCAGAUGCGAGGAGGGUCUCACCGCCUGUCAGGCUACCAUGUGCCGGGGUUGCGAGAACGCGACACCCCCGCUCGCCGGCGAAUGUUGUCCCCGGUGUCCCCUGCAGACGAACGCCACCAAGGAGAACGUUGAAACGGAACGCAAAUGCGAGCCACUGACCAACUGCGAAUUGCGCUGCGACGACAAGUUUCGCAACGAUUCGCAGGGGUGUCCGAUUUGCGAGUGCCUCGCCGACGGGCUCGGCACGAACGAGUCGACAAGCGUACCGGCUCUGAAGAAAAAUUGCCCCGAGUUACCGGACUGCGUUUUAUCCUGCCCUUUGUCGAACGACGACGCAGGCUGUCCACUGUGCGAAUGUCUCCGAGAUGGAGAUCGCAACGCGACCGGUGCGUCGAAAAAAAUAGCCGACGACCCCGAAGCGGCGGUCGAAAACGAAGCGGAGGAUUCGACGACCAAAGAAUCCGUCCAGACGACCGAUUGGCCGAAGAAGAAAAGAUUGUGCCCGGCCCUCAGCUGCGAUUUACACUGCGAAAGGGGUCUAGCCUUCGACGAGGACGGUUGCACCAUUUGCAACUGUAACCCGAAACCCGGAUGUCCUUCGGUCAUGUUCACCUGCAAAAAGGACUGUCCAAUGGGAUUCAAAACGAACAAACGAGGAUGCCAGAUUUGUCGCUGCCGAUCGUCCUGCGUCGACUAUCAAAACGAAACGCAUGCGGAAAACACCAAAUGGAGUCCGGAUCCCUGCACCACCUGUUUCUGCGAUCAGGGUGGCAGAUUGUCCUGCAACAGAACCGUAUGUUCCGUACCCUGCGAGGACCCUCUACCCUUGGUACCGGGUGAAUGCUGCCAAGUUUGUCCUCGAGAGGAGUACAACAACAACAAACAAGCAAUCGAUCAACCAACUCCUGGAGGUGGUUCUGGUAUGAAGGGAUGGGCACACGUUACGGUCACCGCUGUAUUAGCAGCGCUCUGUAUAGGCCUCACAAUCCAUGCUGUCCGGGGUCGAUUCAGAGGUCGUCUUUCGCCGUCCGAAGCAACUUACUCGUCGGCUUACCCAAAUCAGUACUACAAAUGUAUACCCGUAUACGACACGGCGACUGUUCACCAAACCGAAAAAAUUGUACCCCUAUAAGAGGAUCUUAUGCGUGAUCAUUUAUUUAUUUGAUUUUUUCCCUUUUUUUCCUUUUUCUUUUUUUUUCUUUUCUUCGAUAUGUAUAACAAGAGAAAAACUUGGAGAGAAAAUAUUAAAAAUAAGAGAAAACAAAAAUAAUAUCAUAUAGAAUAAUUAACAUCGUAUAAUUGUUUAGCAGAUAUUAUAAUCUAGAAUCAAUCACUUGGGUGGAUCGAUUGAAUCUGUGGGUAAUAGGUGAAAGGGGGAAGAAAACGAAAUAAAGAACAAAAAUUAAGUUUUUCAAAGUUGAACAUGAAACCACGUAAGAUUGAUAUACGUAUUUCGUGAGAGUGAAAUUCUUUGAAUGACAAAAAAAGAGAUUUUAUUAAAAACCAACCGAACAAAAAAUUUUCGUCCUAUUUAUGAUUAUUUUAAUGCAAAGAUAGAGAAAAUAUGAGCAUAGGUAUACUAUAUUAAAACCUCAUCAAAAUUGUAUUUACCGAAAUUACAUAUGUGUAUGUAUAAUAACAGUAAUAUAGUAAUAAUAAUGAUGAAAAUGAUAAAACAAUAAUGAUAUUAACUAUAAAGAAAAAAAAGUAAAAAAAAAAGAAGAUAUUUGUAAAUAAUGUGCAAAACGAUUAAUACUAAAACAAAGAAGAAGCCGGAAAAUUAUAAAAAACCAAAAAAACAGUCCUUAAUGAACUAAUAAUUAUAUUUGUCUUAUUGAAAUAAUUAACAACAAAUGAAUAAAAAUUAUGAACGAACAAUUACCAACAUUCUUUGUUAACGAUACAGCUACGGCUCAAUUCUCUUUUGCGUUCUUUUUUUAUUUAUUUAUUUAUUUUAUUUUUUCUUUCUGAGAGAAUAGGUUUUUUCGUUGUUUAAAAAAAAAAAAAAAACCAGAAGAACAGAUACGAUGAUAUAUGUAUAAUAAUAUUAUUAAUAACAAUGAUAGUUAAUAAUUCUAGUAAUAAUGAUGAUGGUGAUGACGAUGAUGAUGAUAAUUGUAAUGAUAAUAAUAAUAACAAUAAUAACAACAACAAUAAUAAUAAUAAAUAUGGUGAUCCUCUGAGUAUUAAUCAUUUAGAGAGCCGCGUGAGAUAUGUAUAUUUAAAUAUUGAACCUUAUUCAGUUAUACAUAAUUAUUAUAUGUAAAAAACGUGUUCAUUUUUGAUUAACUUGUAAAAGAAGAUUCGAUGUAAAAAUAGCACCGAUAAUAAUAAUUGAAGAGAAAAGACAAAAAUAAUUAAUUAGAUAAAGGAUGACGACAAAUGUUAUAUAAUUUUGGAAAUAACUCAAGCGUUGAAUUUUUGAAAAUUUAAACAGAUUAUGUAUGGAUAAAAGAGGAAGGGAACGUCGGGGGUGGUCUAAAUUGGCAGUAAUGAUUUAAGAUUUCCCACUUUUUUCCCUUUUUACAGCAACUUGCAAUAUGAUUUCCACCCCUGCGAAAGUAUGAAAAGUUGUUCUACACACUCGCUCUAGACCGAAAGAGGAGAGUGUUGGUCGGUUGGCUUCCUUACUUGGUUGCUUGCGGGUUAAUGAAGUUUUCAUUUAACUACAUGCGCGCACCCGGUCGCGGUUAGGGAUUGCGGUAUUUUAAAUAUUAUAUGCAUCAGUUUCUUCGCAUGAAUAGUUCGGUAUAAAACAUUGAAUAUAAAUGAUUGAUGAAAAAUUGUUACAGUAAUACUAAGAACAACAAUAACAUUAAUAAUGAUGCGAUUCUGGAAACUAGAUUCUACAAACAGAAAGAGAACAACAAAAAAUAUCUCCUAUUAUCAGUUAAUCGAACAUACAACGUGACCCUCAUUUUCUUUUUAUCAAUUAGUUAUCGAUUAAUGAUGUAAUAUCGCAUAGAUGUAUUAGUUAAUGUAAAUGUAUAAUAGUUGUUAAAUAACUGUGUUAUUAUAUUUUAAUCAGCAACUG